AUAAAUAAAACCCCUCCAAACUCUCUGCUACUCCAAACCCCACAAAACCAGUUAUUAUGCUGUAAAACGACGUCGUCUUUAACCUCACUACCACAACCAUGAUCACUAACUCUAACUCAUCUUUAUCCAUGGACCUCGACGAGUCUACCGAAACCCGAAUCCAACGCCUCAUAUCCGAAAACCCCGUCAUCAUCUUCACCCGAUCCUCCUGCUGCAUGUGCCACGUCAUGAAGAAUCUACUCUCCACCAUCGGAGUUCACCCAACCGUCAUCCAAUUGGAUGACCACGAGAUCCCCGCUCUCCCUACCCACGAUUAUCUUACUCAUCUCGCUCCGGCUGCUUUCAUCGGCGGGAUCUGCAUCGGCGGCUUGGAGUCCCUCGUUGCCCUCCACGUCACCGGUCACCUUGUUCCCAAACUCGUUCAAGUUGGUGCUCUCUGGAUAUGAUGAAACCAUCCUCCACAUAAUUCAUAUAUGUGCUAUUAUUAUUCCUAUAUUUUACACUCGCAAUUAAAUAUAUACCUAUUGAUUACUAUCAUUUCCCUCUCCCAAAAACAAUAAUGUAAAAUCAUGCAUCGCUAAUUAUAUAAUUUAAUUUCGGCUGAAUCCCAAUUUGUAUUUUAUUUUGGUCAACAUACACCUGCAGAUACUAAUCCUUAUCAACAGGUUCAUUGAAGGGAUGCGUAGUGUAACAUAAUUUAGGGGAUGCAGAGUAUCUAUUUUUGGUUGUGGUAAAAAUAUCUAUUAAUUAAUGGACGAUGAAACUUGGAAGUGAGUGAAGAGUUGGGGUAAAGCUGAAAUUGCAAAAUGUUAAUAUUAAUGUAUCAGUAUUGAUGUUGCACUUGUUAAAUAUGUUUCACAGCUUCGGGUUGCUAUGGCGAUCUCUAAGCUUAUUUUCUGUAUUUCUCUUUUCAUCCCUUUUAGUACCAACUACCAUAGUCGGGGAUCAAAAUUAUGGGACUACUAUGCUUGUGGUUUACUGUUUUCUUCUGUGUUUGAACAAGAACUUGAAUUGGUGGGACCACUACUAUGGCCACCAAAUAGGUAUUUCCUUUUUCUUUUGUUUGUCUGCUUCCUGGGGUUAAGUCGUUAAGCAACAAAAAUGUCAUAUCCAAAAUACUUUAGGAAAUAAUUAUCAGCUGUUUUUUCA